ACUCCGGAACGGCGGCGGGACAGCGCGGAGCGGGCGGCGGGACGGCGCGGCUGCCUACACUGCCCGGGCUGGACUCCGCGCCGGGGCCGCCAAUGUGCCUCGGGACGCAGGCGUUCACCUUGGCCUUAGGAUUUCAGAUGCAUGCCAGGUUCCCGCUGAAUGCCAGAAGUAGAGAUCACUACAGAUGGAGCCCCAAAGUCAACAUGGCAGUGGUGGUUCACUAGUGGUGAUUCAGCAGCCCUCCUUGGACAGCCGGCAGCGGUCGGACUAUGAAAGGGAGAGCCCGCCGACAACUAUCUUGUCGCUGGACCAGAUCAAGGCUAUCAGGGGCAGCAACGAAUACACCGAAGGUCCAUCUGUGGUGAAAAAAUCUGGUCCACGGACAGCGCCGAGGCAAGAGAAGCACGAAAGGACUCAUGAAAUCAUACCAAUUAAUGUGAAUAAUAAUUACGAACACAGACCCAGCCACGUGGGGCACGGGGCGCAUCAGCAUAACGCGAGGGUUCCGGUCUUGAGCAGGUCAACCAGCACGGGGAGCGCAGCUAGCUCUGGGAGCAACAGCAGCGCUUCCUCGGAGCAAGGAUUGCUGGGGCGGUCGCCGCCGUCCCGGCCAGGCUCGGGCCACAGGUCCGACCGCACAAUCCGGACGCAGCCCAAGCAGUCGUCUCUGCUUGUGGAUGAUCUGAAGGGUCCUUUGAAAGAGGACUUGGCACAGCACAAGUUCAUCUGCGAACAGUGCGGGAAGUGCAAAUGUGGCGAGUGCACGGCCCCGAGGGCCCUCCCGUCCUGCCUGGCCUGCAACCGGCAGUGCUUGUGCUCUGCGGAGAGCAUGGUGGAGUACGGCACCUGCAUGUGUUUGGUCAAAGGGAUCUUCUACCACUGUUCCAACGACGAUGAAGGGGACUCUUUUGCGGAUAAUCCCUGUUCGUGUUCCCAGUCACACUGCUGUUCUAGGUACCUGUGCAUGGGAGCCAUGUCCUUGUUUCUGCCUUGCUUGCUCUGCUACCCCCCUGCAAAAGGAUGCCUGAAACUCUGCCGAGGGUGUUACGACCGCGUCAAUCGUCCAGGCUGCCGAUGCAAGAACUCCAAUACGGUCUAUUGUAAACUGGAGAGCUGCCCCUCUCGGGGUCAGGGCAAGCCCUCAUGAUUUUUGGAGGAAGAUUUACUUCCUCUGACUUCAGUUUUUCAGGUUGUAGCUGAUUUUUUUUCUUUUGUUUUUGUGUUUCUCCCCCUGGCCCCCCUCUUUCCUCCACCCCUCUCCCCAUUUUGGGGAGAGGCUGUCCUUUUGCUUUCCUUUCUAUCUCCUCACUUUCAAACACAGAACUUCUCUCCUUUGCAUCUUUACUCUCCUCUUCCUAUUGACUUGGCUGAGUGUGGAACGUUGUACGUAGUCAUUGCUGCUCUUUGGUAAGUGUGGACCUGAUAUCUGCAUCUGCCACUCAUUUAGGCAGGGUCUUUUGAGUUUGUAACUGAACCACUCCUGAAAGAGACAGUGAGGGCUCACUGGGCUUUUGAAGCUUCUUGCUCUGUGAAUAUCUUCCCAAAGAUGUUUUUCUUUCUCAGCAAUUUAUGGUUUGGGUUUUUUUCCUCAACCUUCCCUGGGUACCAAGGAAGAAUAACUUUCAUGAGUGAGCUGGAUUGUGAAAUCACUUUUUGUGUGUGUUCGUUUUGGAUAGGGUUGUAAAAUAAAGGCUUUACCAAAUGAAAGGCCUGAUUCUUCUAUAAGCAGCAGCCUGCUGGUUUUUUUUUUUCCCCAUUUUUCCCUCCGUGGUCUUUUUGUCUUGACUUUUGGAACAUUCUCAGUCCUGAGAAUAACCCUGCCUCCUUUUUUAUUUUUUACAUUUCAAUGUAACUUGGGGUUUUCCUACACUAUGUAGAUCUUCACAUUGGAGACAUUGUGGCUGCGACAUACUCAUUUGUUUCUUUUGCUGUCAAGCCUUUGAAGGAUAUUGCUCACUCCACCCUCCUACUCCUGUUUUUAUAGUCUCUCAGUAUCAGUUGAUAUUAAAAUUGGUGGUGUUCAUGUAUUCAAACAGCCUUCAGGUGUCAUCGAGACACCUAAACAUUCUUGAAUCCUUAAAGUUUCUUGUGAUCCUUUGGUUUAGCAAAUUUAGCUCUGCUCUGUACUUUAUAGUUUUAUUCUGUCCCUGUUUUAUUGCCUUAGCCACAAAUUGUGGUCCUUUUUUGUAUAUUUUAUGUAUAAAACACAAAGUUGAAUCCCAACUAUUUUUAAGACAAAAGUCUGUUAAAACUUUUUUUAUUGUAAAGAAUAUUUAUUAUGUGAAUCUAUUAUUUUAUGAUAUUUAUUGCAAAAGACUUUGAAAAUGUACUCAUGUCUGAAUAUAACAAAAUAUCAAUACUUAACGAAAUAAGGAUGACACGAAGAAAGUACAUAUGUUAACUAUAAUGCAGAAAAUAUAUUAAUUAAUGAAAAUGGCUCGAGUUCUUUUGUUACGAUGACAGGUUGAGAGCUACGUAUGCAUGUUGUGGGGUUGUUGGGGUUUCUCCUUGCGGUGGUUUGGGUAGCAAAUGACUCCCUAUUGAUACUUCAAAACCAUUAGUAUGUGCUCUAGUUUACCUAAUUUUAACUUUGCUAACUAUACGUCAAGUAAGUUGGGUUUUCCUUUUGCCAUGGGAUAUUUAAUGCAAUUGAAUGUACAUGUUGUGCUUGACAACGCCAGGAAGUACAGGCCGUAUUUAUUUACCAAAGCAAUGGGAAAUAACACUUGUGGAGGGGGAAAUCUUAACUUCAAGGAGAUUUUUUUGUUCCCUAAAGAAUACCAAAUUAACAUGUAAACCUAUUUUAAUUUUUCUUAUAUAGAACUUCUUGGUUGGUUAAAUUGUAUGUCAGCUGAAGUAAUGAGCCUACUGAACUCAAACUGAAACGAAAAUCAAGAGCCAGGAUAAAAAGAGAAAACAGUUGUGUUGCUGCAGUUUGCUAGAUUUGAAAUUUGGGCGGUGUGUAUGUUUGUCUAUAGCUGCCUAUAUUCUUUUCCCUCGCGUUUUCCCAA